UUUUUGGGUAAUUCCAUCUUGGGGGUUCACUUGCUGCAAAACCUAAGAAAGUAAAAAACUAUUUUGCAUUUUCUUGCACAAUUUUCACUUUCAAUGGCAACCUCCAAACCCAAUCCACCAAACACUACUUGUACUACUACUAUUUCAUCUCCUUUCACUGGCCUUCCCAAGUUGAAUUGGUGGGGACUUGUUGAUCUCUACCAAUGGGAGGGCUUCUGGUACCAUGAUAUUGUUCUGGAAGCAGCCAUGGCUGCCAAAUCAAGCUUCACCGCGCUCCAUGACGACGUUUUCGUAGCCGCCUCCCCCAAGACUGGCUCCACUUGGCUCAAGGCCCUUGUUGCCUCCAUCAUCCACCGCGGUGGUGGUGAUGGUGGUGGUGACUGCGAAGGCGGCGAUGAAGAUGAUGAGGAUGCAGAUGAUCCCUUGAGAUACCACCACCCCAACGACCUCGUGCCGUCUUUAGAACUACAGGUUUGCAGAAAAAAUGGAAAGUUAGAUCUGCCAAACAUGGCCUCUCCACGGCUCUUCCAAACCUAUGUCUCAUACUCUCUCUUACCAGAAUCAAAAUCAAUCAAGACCUCAAGACCUCAAGCUGUAAGAUUGUGUAUAUAACUAGAGAUCCUAAGGACGUGUUUGUGUCGUUGUGGCACUUCACGAACACCCAGAGAUCGCCCGAGCAAGGCCCAUUUCCAUUCGACGAUGCCUUCAAGAGCUUCUGCAAUGGUUUUCAUUCCUUUGGGUCUUUCCAUGAACAUGUUCUUCAAUUCUGGAAUGCGAGCUUAAAGAGUCCUAAAAAGAUAUUGUUCUUGAAAUAUGAAGACUUGAAGAGAGAGCCGAAAGGGGAAGUCUUGAAGUUGGCUUCCUUCCUCGGCCGGCCUUUGGCUAACGAUGGCAAGGCCGAGAAGAUUGUGCAACGGUGUAGUAUAGAGAGGCUGAAGAACUUGGAAGUGAACAGAGAUGGUGUGGAUCCAUGGUCUGGUUUUCCUAAGAGCUCUUACUUUAGGCUUGGUCUUGUGGGAGAUUGGAAGAAUAAGCUAUCAAUGGAGAUGAAAGAUAAGCUUGAUGAAAUCACACGUGUGAAGUUUGAAGGGUCUGAUCUUUCUAUUUAACUCUCAUUUUGUGUCAUUUUGUGUUCUUCAUUGUCUCUCAAUCAUCCGUAUGCUUGAAUAAUUGGUUGGUUAUCACCAUCCCAAGUAGAUAAUGUGAAUCUCUUAGUUCACAUUUUAAUGAACUCCAUUUAGUAAGUGGUCAAGGGUUUGAAUCCUUUUACUCUCCAAUAAUUGGUUGGUUAGAACCAACCAAAGUAGAUAAUGUGAAUUUCUCAAUUCACAUUUUAAUGAAAUGAACUAUGGGGUUCGAACCUUUUUAUUGUGGUAUGUACUUUAUACUACUAUAUUUGCUUGAGAUUUUUCUCUCGUUUUGAGAA